ACCUCUAGAAAUUUAAAGCAACAAUAUCAACUUUUUCUCAGCUAGGAUUGAUAAUAUGCCGUAGGUGCGGUCCAGCGCGGAUCAUCAGGAGCAGCAGCGCGAUGGCCUACAUCAACAUCGCCGAGUGGACGCCCGACCAGGUCACCGACUGGAUCAAAGGUCUGGACGAGUCUAUGAAGGGGUAUUUGUACGAGUUCUCCAAGCAGGAGAUCGGUGGACGGGCCCUGCUCAACAUACGUCCCUAUGAGCUGGAGAAUCUGGGCAUGCUGCGCAUUGGCCAUCAGGAGAUCGUACUGGAGGCGGUGGAGAACCUGAGGAACUUUCAUUAUCACCUGAAGAACGACAAUCUGCAGUUCAUGGCCCUGCAUGUGGCCACCGCAGCGGGGAAUCUGCAUCGCGAGCUGGCCAGGAACCAUGCCGAGAGCACCAAGAUCGAUACCCGGAUACUGCACGACAUAACGCGGACGAUAGCCACCCUGAAACCUCUGGUGGGCAGUCUGGAGCGAACGCCUUUCCGCAAACAGGAGAUGUACCGCGAGUACUGCGGCAAUGUGCUCAAAUGCGGCCUGGAGCUGGCCACCAUUGCGCACCGGGACCGCUUUGCCCUGCAGCCGGUGCCGGCGAUUCGAGUGUCGGCGGAGCGGCUGGAGAAUCUGGCCAAUUUCGUCAUCCAGGACAUAUCCGACCCCAUGGUGCUGCAGCCCGCCUCCCUCAACCUUGUCACCCUAAAGAAGCGCGAAUCCGAGUUGGGCUUCAACAUAGAGUCCAGCUACAAUGGCAUCCACCGCGUCACGGACAUCAAGUACAACUCACCGGCCCACAAUUCCGGAAAGAUCGAGGACGGCGAUGAGAUUGUGCAGAUCAACUACCAGACUGUGGUGGGCUGGCAGCACCGCACGGUGCUGGAGCACCUGAGGGAGGCGCUGCCCGAUGUGGUGCUCACGGUGAAGAAGCGACCGAAGCACACCAAGAUGUUUGGCCAGAUCUACAUGCAGCCGUACCGGUUGCCCAGCAAGAAGAGGAACAUGGCCACUCGCUGGGCGGAGCAGAUGCCGAGUCCCCGGACGGCCUUCUUAACCCUGGACACGGAUCCAUCGGCAACAGGCGCCAUGGGAAGUGUGCCGCCGAAUCCAAUUAAGUCCCUGAGCAGCGAGAAGAGAGAGGUGCUGCCCAAGGCCAAUCCAGUGUCCUCUGCCUCCGACUCUGAUUCCAGCUGCAGUGAUAUUCCCACGCCCACGGAUCCCAAGCUAACUGCUCGCGAGAUUCGUUUGUACUAUCCAAAGCCACGCGCUUUGCUCCAGCGGAGAAACACCAUUUGUGGCGACGAGUUUCUGAGUCUGAAGCAUUCGGAACUGGUGGUUCCGUCGUGGCACGAAAGGAAGCCAGGCGGGGGCUCGCCUGCCGCCCGCGACUCCAGCUCGCCCAGCAUUCGCGACAAGUCGCAAUCCUUCGGCUAUGGGUUGGAGCUUACGCCGAGGCCCACCACUUGUAUCGGCAUUGCGGGCGACACCUCCACGGACAAGGCCAAGCGGAUGUUUCAUGAGGUGAGAAAGCUAAAGCAGCUGACGGAGGACUCGCAGCGCGAAUUCCUCGUUGAUCGCUACAAGCCGGGAGUCAGCAAAGUAGUUCGAUUCGACGCCAAGGAGGACUACGUGAUGAAGAACGAGAAGUUCACAUGCAACGUUGAGAACACCAUACUGGAGACCUUCGAGCCGAUUCCGUUUGCGGAUGAGGGCGACGAGGACGCCUUGGAAACACUGCGCAACUGCAAAACGGAAAAAGCCGAGGAACUGCUGGAGGCGAUCAAUUUGGCCACAAGUGGUCAGGACUUGCCCCUGGCGGAGGCCAUUAAUAUGCCUCUCCUGCAGCAGGGUCGAAGGGGCCGAUUGGACAAGAGUCACAGUACUCCGGCCUACGACAAUUCAGGAGAGGAGUCUGAUACGCCGCCAGCGAUUGAGCCAAGAAAGGAGUUUCUGCUUGUCACACCGCCGGCUCCGCCACCGCGGCCCCGCAAGCAGAAGGAAAUGACGCCACCGGCGGUGCCUCCACCUCCGCCGAAACCCGCCAGCAUGCAGCCAGCUUCUAGUGUCACUAGUAUUUCCGUUCCCGUGCUGCCGCCAGCCGAUACUUCGGAGAUUAGUGAGCUGCACACGCCCAGCAAAUCGCGCACUCUGACCCUGAAGAAGAAGCACAGCUUGAUGGCCAAGCGGCGGAAUACGAACCUCAAGCUGCUGCCCACUGGCGACAUCCAGGGUCACCUGUACAGGCGCAAGAAGAAUCAUCGCGGUGUGACCUACUGGGCAAAGAUCUAUUUUGUUAUGCUGGACACCAUUCUGUACGGAUUUCGCAGUAAGCAGAGCACCAGCGCCAGCUUGGUGAUCUUCUUGCCCGGCUUCACGGUUUCGCUGGCCAAGGAGGUGCACUCCAAGCCGCAUGCCUUCAAGGUUUACCACACGGCCAAGAGCUUCUACUUUGCGGCCGAGUCGCUGAACGCACUCAACCAGUGGGUGGACUUCUUGCGCCAGGCCUCGCUCAAGGUGCCACCUAGCUCGGGAUCCAAAGGCGGAGGCGAUGCCAAGGAUCUGUACUCCGAGAACGACAGCUCCGGGGAGGAAAACGAUGCCCUGGUGACCCAGAACCUGAGUACUCCCUCGCCGCAGGGCAACAAGGAGGCGAUGUCCAUGUCAAUGGUUUUAUCUGGCGGAACACCUCCUUCGUCUGCUCCCAUUAAGCACGAGCGCGGCUACCUGGACUCGAUCCGCAAGUUUACGAACACAUUCAAGAGCAGUGCAGCGAAGCCGUCGAGCGACAUUCCUGUGCCCACGGAGCAGUAUCGCAGUUACCGGAAGGUGCCCGGCGGAAGUUUUGGCAUUCAGAUUGGCGCCAAUACCCCGGGCUACCAUGAUCCGGCCAUGCCGCCCACACAGAUUCCGCCCAUGGUGGCGCCCAAGCUGUCACGCAGCUCCAGCAGAAGUUCGGUGGUCAGUGGAACAGAGUCGGCCGUAUCUUUCUCCGCUUCGAUUCUGGGUCCGCCCGCCUCUCCGGCGCCCACGCCCACGCCCACGGCAACGCCGACAUCGCUGCAGCACCAGAGCUCCGAUGAGAGUCCCAGUCAGAGCCAAAGUCAGAGUCCCAGCAGCAAGUCGAGCUUGAAGAAGGCGCCCUUUAACUUUCUGCACGCCUCAAAUCCGAAUUUGGUGGAAUUCGAUUUCCACACCUCGAAAACCCUUCUGCCCAAGAUGAGUGUGGGCAAUACCCUGGAUCAUGGCCACAAUACCCAGGGCUUUGUGACACUCAAGGAUCUGAUGCUGCGCAAGCAGGAGGAGGAGGCCCAGGAGAUGUACAACAAUCGGGUGCACUUGGGUGUGGAGAAACACAAGCAUGCACGCACGGAAUCCACGGCCAGUCAGCAGAGCACCAUAAGCAGCAGCGUGGCCAAGCCGCUGGAGAAGCUGCCCAAGAUCCAGAGCGUUAGUCUGCCCAAGACACCUGACUACGAGAUUAGCUUCAAGCCGGACGACGAGAGUAUCAAGAGGACCAGGACCAAGGAGGGUCAGAAGCUGCGCGACUUUGGCUACGAGUUGAUAUGCGGGGAUGAGCCGAGCACCAGUUCCAGCAGCCGGCAGGAGCACCAUCAUCAUCACCAUCAACAGCACAUCCCGCAGCAUAUGCAGCAGCAACAUCAGCAGUCGCAGCCGCAACACAGCAAGACCAAGCAAUUCCUGCGCUCCCAGCAGCUACAGCUCUCCAGUUUCCUGCACAAGAGUUCCGGAUCCUCGACGGAUCAGAAAAAGUCCAAGGGCAAGUCGAGCAGCGAUCGGCGGUUUCCGUUCUCGAAGCACUCGACCGGCUCCUCGGGCAGUGGCUGUGCCCCGGGUCACGCGAUGACCAUGACGCUGCCGCUCAACAAGAAAUCCAAAUCGAAUCACGCUUUGGAUGGAGCCGGAGGCAACGGGAUGGCCAUCAUCGGCAGCGGCAGCAGCAUCAAGAAGAGCCAGACGUACAAUCAGGACUUGCGCGACAAGAUUGUGGGUACCAAGUACGAUGCGCAUCGCAAGAACUCGGCGCCGAUUCCAAUCUUCUCGAAGCUCUCCAUUUCGGGAGGGACGCCGGCGAAGCCCUCCAAGGAGAACCGUUUCCUGGGCUCCCCCUUGCUGCAUCGCACGCUGUUCGGUCACCAUCAUCACCAGCAGCAGCAGCAGAUAGUUACGCCGCCGAGCAGCGCGGAUCCGGACUGCGAUCAAGAGAUCUUUAGCCAGAUCACCUUGCCCACGCACAAUCAGGCCGGCUAUCGGAGUUACCGGGGUCCCGGCAUUAUGACCACCUCGACCACUAACUUGUGCUCGUCGGAGGGUCUGCAGCCGCCGCUGCCUCCGGCUCCUCCGCCCCCGGUCAUGGCCAGCAGGCAGAGGGAGGAGGAGCCGGCGGAGGCGACGAUGUCGGAGGGUGCGGCCACCCCGAAGGUGUCCAGCUCGGGAUCUGUGGAGUCCAAGGCGGCCACGCCGGACUACCCCAACAUGAAGUGUCCGCCCGUUUUUGAGCCCGAGAUCUACUCGCUCAGCGACACCAGCUUGUCCCGUCUCAUGAUGCGGACGCCCAGCAGCAGUGGUGGCGCCUCCAACACCAAUACCAAUACCAACACCAACGCCACCACCGGCAACAACAACAACAAUAACACCAACAACAACACCAACAGCAGUCCCAGUGGCAGCGAACACCAUCAGACCUAGAUGAUGAGUGAUGAAAACUAUUGUGAAUGCUCGCGGGGAUUAGCCCCCGUUUACUUAUGUAUUUAUACACAUGCAUAUAGAGAUAUAUAUAUUAUAUAUAGCGAUAUUCUCGUACGAUAUAGGUA